AUGCUUGGGAGCGCCGCAGGAACAGGAGGUAUGACCACUGGGUCUCCUCUGGAGACAAUUCAGACAGAUGACUUAGGAUUUCUUUCUAUCGCCGGUGAUGCGAAGGUUCGCCUCACAUCUCCGUGGACAUCUCUCCCAUCUUCCACCGCGUCGCUACUCAGCAUCGCUUCGCGCAAAGGCCUUGUCGCUGCUGCUGGACCCGAUCAAGUCAUCAUCGCCACCACCGAGUCCGUAAGAAAGGCCUUCGAGGCACCCCAAGAUGGCGACUCAGAGGUUCGCGGCUUCGAGCCUCAGCUCAAAAUUCCAAUGCCGAUGCGGGUUUCGCAACUAUCUUUCACCGCAGACGAGAACUAUCUGAUUCUUUCAGCGGAAUCUGGAGGUGGUCUGGCCGUGUAUGAAGUCCAGAGUCUGCUCUCUGGAUCAACAAAUUCCGCCUUCGAGCUGUCAACAAGUGGUGAAACGCUACGCGCCAUGAUACCGAACCCCACAUCUGAGAAGGCCGAGCUUUGUGCUAUUGUCACGAAUAACGGUAAUCUGCAUAUGGCGAAUCUCAAAGACCGUCAGAUUAGCAACCCUCUGAAGAACCAGGUUAGCUGUGUCAGUUGGAGUGCGAAAGGCAAGCAGCUAUGUGCUGGCCUGGGCGAUGGUACCAUUUUCCAAAUGACACCAGAAGGAGAGGGUAAAGGGGAGAUUCCCAAGCCUCCUAACGUGGACGACUUUCAUGUAUCCUCCCUUACUUGGCUAGAGAACCACCUCUUCCUUUCGAUCCAUACUUCGAAUAACCAGUCACCACCCAAAUCUCUCUAUCACCUUAUCACGCGCCAACCACCGUCUUCUUACAACUUCCAACAGCUGACCGACCCUGUCGAGCCGUUUGGCUCAGAUAAGGCGCCACAUCACUCAAUUCUACGUCUCCGAGACUUCCCACCUGCCCUCCAAGACAUGCUCAUUGUGGCUUCUACUGCGGUCUCGGAAAUGGGUAUAUUGACACGGUCCAAAACUCCUCUGGCUACCGACAAGCCCGCGGAUUCUAUCACAGGAGUCUUCACACUCACAGAAUUCUUGGACGACACCAAGAGACCGACACUCCCCAUGACUGAUUCCAUGGACGAUGCAGUCCCGAUUGGUGUCGCACUCGAUCUUUCCAGCAAGGACAAGGUUUAUAAGCCAAUCCCGUCAGACGUCGAACUAGAGGAGUCGCCAGGACCACUUCCAGGGUACUGGGCACUUACGCAUGAUGGUGUGCUCUGCGCUUGGUGGAUAGUCUACAAUGAGUCAAUUCGACAGGGCACUUCGUAUCCUCAUCUGGCUGCGGUUGAGGGUACGGCUCCCGCAACGCCAGCGCCAGCCGCCCAGCCCGCUCCUGCAGCUUCGGCAUCGCCCUUCGGAAACCCUGGAGCAUCUGCUUUCGGGUCGACUGCUCAGCUGGGGCAGAAGUCAUCCCCAUGGGGUAGCAACGCUAGUUCUGCGGCUCCCAGCACAGGAGGCGCUGUAUUUGGAUCGAGUGGUUUCGGUAGUGCGGCUCCCUCUUCCGCCCCUGCGUUCGGUAAACCCAGCUCCAUUGGCUUUGGGCAGUCAUCUCAGCUAGGGUCAAAGAGUUCUCCUUGGGCUUCUGCAGCAGGCGGAGCUUCGGCCGCGACUCCUGCCUUUGGCCAGUCAGGAUUUUCAAGCUUUGCGAAUAACAAUAACUCCAGCCCGUUUGGCCAAGCAGCAGCCAAUGGGCAGUCUAGCACACCGACCUCGGGAGGAUUCGCUGGCUUUGCCAGUAAGAGUGGCUUUGCUUCUGUGGGCAACGAAGGAAAUACCAGCGUCUUCGGCAGUGGAAGUAAACCAGCAGGCAGCCCCUUCGGAUCAACGUCCAACGCAGAGACUGCUUUCCCUGCUAAACCGUCUUCUGGUAGUCCAUUUGGCUCGACACCUUUUAAACUUCAAAGCUCAUUUAAACCUGAUGGGUCUGCUAAAGAUGACAAUCCUAAGCCAACUGGUUCUUUGUUCGGUAGCAAUUUUGGCUCUGCUCUUACCGAUGCCAGUAACAAACCCGCCGUUACAACCCCUACACCAAGAGAUGAAGAAGAAAUGGACACCGCUGGACCGACAGAAGAAACUCCUCAGUCGAAACCUAAGGAUACAGUCUUCACACAACAGAGUCCUGAAUCUACCACUCCAACCACUACACCCGCGCCUUCCAAAUUUGGCUUUGCUACAUCUCCCGCACCGCAAGCAUCUGCCUUUGGACAGCCAUCCAAGUUUGGUUCUACUGGCGGGCUUUUCGGAAACAAGUCAGAGGCACCGAAGCCAAGCGGUGGCCUGUUUGGAUCUACCUCAAGUACCCCCAAGCCAAGCGGCAGUUUGUUCAGCUCAACCUCGGAGACACCCAAGGCUAGCGGAGGUUUGUUUGGUUCACAACAGAACACGCCCAAAGCAAGCAUUUUUGGCACCCAACAGAAGUUUGACAGUUAUACGGGAAUGUUUGGCCAGAAGUCCAGCAAGACCGAGUCUCCCAAGGUCAAACAGGAAGAAGAUGAUGCGCCCCUUCCUCCGGACCCGACUCCCAAGGCCAAUCCCUUUGCAUCGCCUGCCGCUUCAGCUAAACCCGAGGCCGCUCCCCUCCCGCCUGACUUUACAUCCAAGCCGGCAAAGUCCACGACCAAGCCGGCCGAGGCUGCCGAUGCUCCAUUGCCACCGGACUUUGUCAAUGUCUCCAAACCUACAGAAAAAGAGACUGGGGUUUCUGAUGCCCCCUUGCCACCUGACCCAACCGUUUCGUCAAAGCCUAGGUCUAUCUUUGAUAAGCCAGAGGGUACACCAAAGGCACCGUCUUCCCUCUUCCCUGCCGUCGCCGGACCCCCCUCAAUUGAUAGUGACGACGAGGUUGAUGACGAAGAGGAAGAGGAAGAUGAAGAGGAGGAAGAUGAGGAUGCAGAGGAAGAAGACGACAACGGCUCAGAAGGUAGUGGCGUAGAUGUCGCUAAAGACCUUAGCCCUACUGUCAGCAAUCUUUCGCCUGGCUAUACACCUCAAAGCUCGUUUGGUGGUCCGAACCAUACUCUUGGAGCUUCUCGUACGAACCAAGAAGGGUCACGACAACUGUUUGGCGAACUCAGCCGCAAUGCUCCUGUGUUCCCACGUCCCAACGCGACCAGCCCUCGCUCCCCAAGUCCAGUCCGAGGGGCGGUACCAAACAGGGUUGUGAGAUCAGAUAAUAUGAGGUCGGUUAGUGCCCCCGGAAUACCUGCAAACCUUCGUGGAUCCAGACAGUCUCGAAUGGGUGCUUCGAUCACUAGUAAAGACGUUAGCUCGGCUGAGGAUCCAUUCGUGGCACAACACCGGAAGAUGAAAGCCAAACAGGAGGCUGCAGAGACUCAGCCAUUGGUCGAUGAGGAAGACGACGAAGUCCACAGACUUCUGGCGUCAGAAGUUGAAGGAAGCCUGACCAUGGAUGAAUUCAUCGCGCACUCAAACGUUGCCCCUCCUGCCAAGGAGAGUAUCCCAAGCCAAGUUGAAGCCGUUUAUCGGGACAUCAACUCCAUGAUCGAUACCCUUGGCUUGAAUGCCCGAACUGUCAAGUCCUUCAUUAAGGGACAUACGGAGAACCGAAAGGAAAGCGGACGUGGCAAGGAUGAUCUUGACACCCCCGAGGAUUGGGUUCUUUGCGAGAUCGAUGAGCUUGGCGAGGUUUUGGAUAAUGAGCUGUAUGCUGAUCUGGAAGAUGGACGUGUUCGUGACUUGGACGACAAACUCGAAGCCUGCCACGAACUCACCAGAGACAUGCAUCGCCUUCGAGCUAAACAGGAUGAUCUUAAGCAGAUCCUCAUGAUCAGAACCGAUCCCGAGCAGGCAGAAGUAACAAAGUCUAUGCCACUAAGCGCAGAACAAGCAACCCAACAAAACGAACUCAGACGAGAGUUUGCCAAGUUCUCCAAGCUCUUGGUCGAAGCUGAAGAAGCAUUGACGUUGCUGAAGACCAGAAUUGCAGCUGCUUCGAGUGCUUCAGGCAAGGGUAAAGCAAACGUUCCCACAGUUGAUGCAGUGAUUCGCACCAUUGGCAAAAUGACUGCCAUGGUGGAAAAACGCAGUGGGGAUAUUGAUGUUCUCGAAAACCAGAUGCGUAAGGUCACCAUCAAUCCCGCAAGUCGAGAAGGAUCUCCAAUGGUUACCCCUCAGGGAAGACGAAGCGUCAUGUUCUCUCCUGAAGGAACCCCUGUUCGCAAUCUUCGCCAUAGCUUCGCAGCCAGCAUGUCGCUGGGCGCAUCCGUACGAGCUACAACCCCACGCAAGAAGCUCAGUGGUUACAGCCAAGAGGAGAAGGGUGGUUUGAUGCAACAGAGGGCUCGCCGACAGGCUGUACUGGGCAAGUUAAAGAGCAGCGUCGAGAAGCAAGGUGUUAGUGUUUGGACUAUGGAGGAUAUUGAGUAA